AUGACAGGGGUACUUGCAAACGACCCAGGGCAUCUCACGCCCGAGGCGGAUACCGCGGUUGAGAAGAAUGGGACUCAUGUUGAGUUCAACGAGCAAACUAAUUAUGUGCCUAAGCGCACCAUCAUCACGAUCUUCCUGGCAUGUUCCACCGUCGAUUUACUGGCUUUGAUGGACCAGACAACUCUGGCUGCCAGUUUGUCUAUCAUUGGAAAUGCAUUGGGAGCCAGUGAUCAAACUUCGUGGAUAUCCGGCGGUUACUUCGUAACGUCAACAUGUUUCCAGUUGCUAUAUGGCAGACUUUCUGAUAUCUGGUCUCGGAAGUUGGUUCUUUUCGUCGGUCUUGCCAUCUUCUUUUUUGGAUCAUUGGCCGCCUCCCUUGCUCAGACUGCAACCCAGUUAAUCGUCUUUCGUGCGUUCACUGGUGUAGGCGGCGGUGGUCUCAUGACUGUCGCGCAGAUGAUUGUCAGUGAUGUUGUUCCGCUUCGUGAGCGAGGAAAAUAUCAAGGUAUCCUAGGUGCCGUGGUUGCUAUUGCCAAUGGCAUCGGCCCAGUCAUUGGUGGUGCACUAGCCUCAAUAUCGGAAGACUCAUGGCGGUGGAUUUUCCGUCUCAAUCUUCCCUUGACAGCUCUCACCACCCUAGCAGUUCUGUUCUUUAUGCCUCUUCGUAAGGUCACUGGUGAUUGGAAAGUCAAGCUCAAAGCGAUCGAUUUCUUUGGUGCGCUUUUGGCUCUGGCAGGUGCCUCAGUUCUGCUGCUUGGUUUGACUUGGGGUGGUGGUGAAUACUCGUGGGACUCAGCACAUGUUAUAUCAACUUUGGUCGUUGGGUUCGCCGUCUCUGUUGCAUUUGUUGUGUGGCAGUGGAAGGGAACCUCAACGCCGCUGGUUCCAAUGCAUAUAUUCAAGGGCAAGAUUGUUAACGGCGCUUGUUUGACUAUGUUCAUCAAUGGGUGGAACUUUUUGGUUCAAGUCUACUAUAUCCCCACCUUCUAUCAGUUGGUCUUUGGAUAUUCAACAGUGAAGGCUGCGGCAAUGUUGCUACCUAUCACACUCAUGCAGACUGUCAGCAGUACGGCCUCUGGUCUCAUUGUCCAUUGGGUAGGCCGCUAUCGAGAAUGUAUCCUCUUUGGAUGGGUGAUGUGGGCUGCUGGACUUGGACUUUUCUCGACUCUCGAUCAAAAUUCGGGACUAGGAAAGCAGAUUGGAUAUGGCAUACUCACAGGUGUCGGAGUUGGAAAUACUUUGCAACCUGCUCUGAUUGCCGUUCAAGCUGGAGUUGAAAGGCGAGAUAUGGCUGUAGUCACCUCUUUCAGGAACUUUGUACGCAAUCUUGGUGGUACGCUUGGCCUUGCCAUAGCUGGAACUAUCAUCAACAAUAUUGUCUCGUCGUCAAUAUCAGUCCUGGAUCUUGACGAGACUCAAUCUCGCUCUCUUCUAUCUAGCCCACAGAAUUAUCUUUCAAAGCUAUCGGUGGAGGAUGCGCGUCACGUCCGUGACGUCCUUACGCCCGCAUAUCAAAAAGGCUUCCGUAUUAUCUUUAUCAUCGGUGCAUCACUUGCAGCGCUUGCUUUCUUCUUGUCUUUUUGGCUGAUGCCUCAGCUUGGCUUAAAGCGAGCAGAUGAUGAGAAAUUGAAAGAAGAGGGAAAGAAGCGAAUCGAAGGCGAAUUGGACGAAGAGAAGAGAUAG